UAAUUUCAAAAAAAAAUACUUUUUCAGACGAAAUACAACCACAACAACAGCACCUAGCCCAACUUGCCAUUUUAACAACAUUAACGGACCUACAAGCCUUUCAUUAUCAGCUUCUUUUGCUUCUCCAGUUCCCCCUUCAUUUCGACCUUUUCGGCAUCGAGAAAUGAAGCAAAGGAGAGUAACUAAUGGCGAUUUUCUUGGUUUGCUUGAAAGAAUGCAAAGUCAAAGAAUGGAUGAACAACGUUGUUAUUUGCCUUUUAAUAAUAAUAAAAAUGGAAGUGGUAGUGGUGGUUUUAAGACCCCCAAUGGCGCUCAAAAUGGAAAAGCUCAAUUGACAGCUACCUCAUCAGUCUGUUCAUCUCAUAAUAAUUUGCAACGGCUUUCUAGUAGAGAAAAUGGGGGAGCCCUUGUUAGACAGAUUCUCUCCAAGUCAGGCCCAUAUCCCCAAAUUGUUGUAGUUACAAAAGGUGAAGAAUGUGGAUUUUGGUUGGAUGGAGCUAUUGAACUUGAAGAUGUGGAAAAUAGUGACAGCUUUAUUUACACUAAUGUAGCAAAUGUUGAAUCAAAACUUGAAACAGAUGAUGAAGGAGCUCUUUCUUAUAGAAGGCACUUUCUCGGUCGUGAACAUCACAACUUUUAUGCUUUAGACCCUCUAUUGGGUCCACUUAUUCUCAGCGUUAGAGUUGAAACUUCUUCAACACCACAAACUCCCUCCUCCCCAAAAUCAACUCCAAAUCAACAACAACAACAAAAUUAUCGUUUAAUUUUGCGUUCCCGUUUAGGCACUAAACACCAAUUAAUCCCCUCAACUUCAUUUAAUAAUUCCCGUCCAAGUGCCAGUCAGCUAGCGAGACAUUUAUACGCGGAUAUUGGAACUGACAGGUUUUGGCCUGUUGCGUUUCCUGGGGGAAGUGAAUUAAUAUUACAAUUUGAUGAACAUGUGAUUAGUAAUACUUACAAAUUUGGUGGUAUCGCUUCUCGGCCUUUUGGCUAA